UCGAACAUAGCGCACCAUCUCUAAAACAUCGCCUGAUUCUCUGGCUGCUAAAUGAGUAAAUAAUUUAAAAAUUAAAUGUAAAUUCAAGUAUAAAAAGAUAAUUGUAGAGAACCAAACUGUUGUCAAGCUCCCCAGACGGGCAAGUAAGCCGAUUGUGUUCACGCUGUCCUCCUCCUAGUCCAACUGUUUGAAGAGCUAACCAACGGAUGGCGGGUCUGUUUAAUUCAUUGCUCAAUGGAGCAGGAAAUGUGACAUUAUUAGAGAUUUUUGGCCUUCUUGUGAGCAACGAUGGACAGCAUGGAUUUAACUCUGAAAAGCUCUUUCAAGGUCUAACAUCUCACCACCCGGACAUAGACACCACUCAAGCACGGCACAUAGUCAGUGUAGUCAUUCAGGAAGCGCUGAAAGACAAUUUUAUUUGCGAAUCUGAUCGCUAUUACACUUUGAAGGAGAAUGUGAACAUGCUGACGUUGGGUGUGGGCUUCCCCAGCAGCGCAAUAAUGACGCAGUCUGAUAUCUCAUGGUGCCUUAGAGAAUGUAAUAAAGAGACUGGAUUCAACGUUGAAAAGUUAAGCCAGACAAUAAAAGGCUACAAGCCUGAGCUAAGAGUGGGGCACUCAAGGCGGAUAUCAAAAUUACUUAUCGCCCAUGGGGUGAAAAGCAAUAUCCUACGAACAUCAGAUAUUUUCUACAAACUGUCCAAUGAAUUUCGCACGAUUUUGUCUUCACGUGGGUUAGAAUCAGAUUCAGAGGAGGACUAAAA